UGACAAUUGGCUUUAAAAUUAAAAUGGCUAUGCGAUGGGUUUAUGUAUGUAAUUCAGAAAUGAUAAGAUGAGAUUUAUUUUAUAGGUGUGUCUUUUGUGCUACCGGGAAAGUAAUAUUAUGAAGAAGUUUAAACGGGAUUAUGUUAUCAUCGGACAUUGUAACUCGAAUUCGAGUGUCGCCGCGUUAAAAUUAGUUAAUAAAAGUGUUCAAACAUAUAAGGGGGUUAGAAAAAAUAUUUGUUAUUAAUUAAUAUUGGUGAUAAAGUAAAUUAUAAAUAAAUAAACAUGUGGAACAUGAUGUGUGAUGUGAUGCCAACAAUAUCAGAAGACAGUAUCAGCCAGAGGAGUUCUCAAUUCUCUGGCGAAGAUGCAAAUUUUGAACAGCUCAUGGUGUCUAUGUUGGACGAAAGGGAUAAGUUAAUGGACAGUUUAAGAGAAACACAAGAACGUUUAGGAGAGACUGAAAUUAAACUACAGGACACUGAGAAAGAGAGGGAUUCGCUACAAAGACAAAUUGCGGCGAAUCUUCCACAGGAAUUUGCUACACUUACCAAAGAAUUAAAUGCAGCUAGAGAACACCUUCUUGAAAGAGAAGAAGAAAUAUCCGAACUUAAAGCAGAAAGGAAUAAUACUAGGCUAUUAUUGGAACAUUUGGAAUGUCUUGUAUCGAGGCACGAAAGAUCUUUGAGGAUGACGGUCGUCAAGCGACAGGCAGCCGCCCAAUCAGGGGUUUCAAGCGAAGUUGAAGUUCUCAAAGCACUCAAAAGUUUAUUUGAGCAUCACAAAGCAUUAGACGAGAAGGUUCGAGAAAGACUGAGGGUAGCUUUAGAAAGAAAUUCUACUUUAGAAGAGGAAUUAGCAUCAACCAAAGAAGAGUUACAACAAUUCAAACAAGGAGGUGUACCGACAAGUGCAUCUAGCAAUGAAGAAAAACCCAAAGAAAAUGGGCAACUCGAAGUAGGGGACCAAAUGAUAACCAUAAAUAAUAAGCAUGUUGUGGGUACACAGGCAGCACAGAAGUCACGUCUUGCUAAUGGUAAUGUGGAGUCAGAUACUGAAGCCGCAGCCAGAAUUGCCGACCUUCAGGUGGCACUCGAACAACAAACCGGUGAAAUAAGCAAUUGGCAACGUAGAGUGGCCGAGACGCAGAACCGCGUCGCCGAAUUAGAAGAAAAUUUGGCGAAAGCACAAAAAGAAUUGCUGAAAGCACAAGACACCAAUUCGAAAUUGCAAAGGGAUCUUAGAGAAAAUGUAGCGCAGAAAGAAGAUCAAGAAGAGAGAAUAGCUACGCUCGAAAAACGUUACCUGAACGCUCAACGAGAAUCAACAUCACUGCACGAUUUGAAUGAAAAAUUAGAGCAAGAAUUGCAACACAAAGAAGCUCAAAUUAAGUUGCAUGAAGAAAAAAUAGCAGCUAUUCAAGAAAAACUGGAACUCGCAGAACAAAAGCUAGCUCAAUAUUCGAAAUUACCGGAAAUCGAAGAACAACUGAAGCAACGCAUGGAAGCGCUGACUCAGGUGAGACCACAGGCUCAAGAAAGACACGGAUCCGCAGAAGAUCGUAUCCAACGAUUGGAGGCGAACCUCGAUGAAAAGAAUGCAGAAUUAAUCCGCCUUAACCAAAGACUUAAAAUGAAUGAGGAUCAUAAUUCUCGACUUUCUUCUACCGUAGACAAAUUGUUAUCAGAAUCGAACGACAGGCUACAAGAACAUCUCAAAGAACGUAUGCAUGCGUUACAAGAGAAAAACGGCCUAACUCAAGAAUUAGAAAAGACCAGAAAAAUGUUGGAAGACUUGGAUGGACAAAAAUCCGAUAUAAUGAAAGAAUUAGCUAAAUCUAGAUUAGAAAUAGAUAAUGUUAAGCGCCAAAUGUUACAACAAGAAAUAUCCUAUAAUAUUCAACAAACAGAUGCAUUAACUAGGUCACUAUCACCCAAUGCAGUCGAUCCAAGUAGCUUCUCGAGAAGCGCCAGCCAUUCCAGUUUCGAUAGUCAUUCCCUGCCGCGCAGAGCCACCAAAAGUAGAACUCCUAUUGAAGAGGAUCCCAAGUUACCGUUCGGUUCCAGGUCGAUGACCGAGCACGAAUGGGAAAAACUUCAACAGGCUCAUGUCUUAGCUAACGUUCAACAAGCGUUCGAUGUAUCCAGCGACGCCGAAGGAGAUGAUGCCGAAAGCAUAUUUAGUACACAGGAUAUUUUAUCGCCUGAUGGACCUACUGAUGCUCAAACCCUUGCUAUGAUGUUGCAGGAACAGUUAGAUGCCAUCAAUAAUGAGAUCAGAUUGAUACAAGAAGAAAAACAGAAUACAGAAGCGAGAGCGGAGGAACUUGAAUCUCGAGUGGGCAGCAUGGAGCAUGUCAACCUUUUAACAAGAGGAAGAAGUUUGGAACGUCAAAGUCCACCAGUAAGCGGUAGAUCAACACCUAAAUCACAUCAUUCUCCGCAAAGAGAUCAUUUACAUAAGUAUCAUACGCUCCAAUUGGACCACUUGUCAGUCGAAAUGCUAGCAGACGAAAUGCAUCUUGGAGAUUGUUCAAACGAUGGAGGAGCUUCGCCUCUCACCGCUCGACACUUAAGGCUCGAAAGGGUAGCUCAGGCUUUGGCUCACAGCCAGGAAGAACUUCGAAGGCAUGGACAGACACACACACCUCCAUCACCUCUGUCCUCUCGUCACAGCAGCCAGGAGAGCCUACACAAAAACACCCUGUCUGGUCUACCGAGAGAUAUGUCGUCCGCCGCUGCUGUUGCCGCCGCGGCUGCCGCUCAGAAGAAAAAGGGCCUCAAAUCGUCUCUGGGACGGUUCUUCAGCAAAAAAGAGAAGGUGAAAGGCAAAGAAGCGUCUGGGCAAGACUCUAAUAUCAGUUACAAUCAGGGAAGUAUUGGAAUGCCAGAUGGAGACAUUAGUGAUGGAAUGAGCAUAUCGGCGAAAGUUGUACAUAAAGGGGAGUUCGAGAGGAAACAGAAAAAGAAGGAUCGUGAUUAUAGACAUGAGUUACUAGCGGAAGCAAUGAAAGCGGGUACUCCGUUUGCUUUGUGGAAUGGACCGACAAUAGUCGCAUGGUUGGAGCUCUGGGUAGGAAUGCCGGCUUGGUAUGUAGCGGCGUGUCGAGCCAACGUAAAAUCAGGAGCCAUCAUGAGUGCAUUAAGUGAUACGGAGAUACAAAGAGAAAUAGGCAUCAGUAAUCCUUUGCAUAGAUUAAAAUUACGCUUAGCGAUCCAGGAAAUGGUUUCUUUAACAUCGCCUUCAGCACCUAAAACAUCUAGAACGACACUAGCAUUUGGAGAUAUGAAUCAUGAAUGGAUUGGUAACUCAUGGCUUCCAGCACUAGGACUUCCACAAUACAGAACUACCUUCAUGGAGUGUUUAGUAGAUGCACGUAUGUUAGAUCAUUUAACAAAAAAAGAUUUGAGAGGGCAAUUAAAAAUGGUUGAUGGAUUUCACAGGACUAGCUUACAUUAUGGUAUAUCUUGUCUAAAAAGAUUAAAUUUCGAUAGACAUGCAUUAGAAGAUAGAAGGAAAAACAGUGAAAAUUCAUCAACAGAUGUUUUAGUAUGGAGUAAUGAACGCCUAAUCAAAUGGGUGGCUUCUAUAGGUUUAAAGGAUUAUGCUAAUAAUUUGGAAGAAUCAGGAGUUCAUGGUGCUUUGAUUGCUUUAGAUGAGAGUUUCGAUGCAGACAGCAUGGCGUUAGCUUUACAGAUACCUACUCAAAACACACAGGCGCGGCAAAACCUGAAAAUAGAAUAUGUAAAUUUGUUAAGUGUAGCUACGGAUCGAAGGCCGCAAGACAUCCAAUCCUGAUAUGUUCCAGACCUUCACUACGACUAAUAAAUAAUGACCACGUAGUGUUCCAUUGUUUUCAUAAUUGCAUCACUGAGUUAUAAAUAAUCUUUAUUGAUAACUUGAAACGGAAGAAUUUGAUGUACUCUGUUGCGGGAGAGAUGAGGUGUAGAAAAAUCUUCAGAAUUUGAAAAUGAAAGAUAUAUAUGAGCUUUAAUGAACUAAAAUAUCUUGUAUCGUAACUAAUAACUCAUAGUAUUAUUAAUUGUACAUUAAAUUGUUGUUUGUUGGGUUACCAGCGAUAAGUAAACAUUGUUAAAUGUGGCAGUGACAGUCAGUAUUAUCCCAAGCGUGCCUGCACUCCCUUUCAGUGCUAUCAUCUAUCAAGCUUCGUGGUUCUGGGAAAUGUAUUAUACUGUUUUAAGUACUACUACCAUAGUUAAAAUGUAUCAAUGAUAAUUACUUAUUAUUUAUUAAUCGUUUGAUUUUUAAAUAUUCUUUAUAUUAUAAUUCGAAUGCUAAACACAAUGUAAAAAUAGUCCAAUGUACUUUAUAAACCUUGUACCAAAAAGCUGCCAUAAAUUAUUAAUGUAAUAAUAAUAAAGUAUAUUGUUUUCCUGAUAAUUAUUAAUAAUUAACCAAAAAUAUUUUAGCAUAUAAUAAGGAUUUAUUUACUGUUUAUAUAUUUAUUAUUUAUUAUAGAUUGUACAGUUAUUUAUUUACUUAAUUGGAUAUUUGCAUUUAUUACCAUGAAGAUGAUUUAAAAAGGAGGAUAAUAAAUGAAUGUGCAGGUACAAUAUUGUAAUGUAUAUGUAAUUUAAAAUAAAAGCACAUCUGUUAAAAAUCGUACCUUUUAUAUACUUGUUUUUAUCUAAUUUUGAAAUAACAUUUCAAAAUACUUUUACCAGAUUUUUUUAUUUAAGUUGUUCAUUUUGUACAUAAAGCAUCUAAUUAGUGAUUUAACUGCAAAAUAAAUAUGUAUUUUCUUCAAUUUUAUUCCAAAAAGG